CAUGCAAACAAAUUCCCUGUUAUUUCGCGCAUGGCACGUGCUUUUCUUGCUAUUCCCGCCACCUCUGUUUCUGUGGAGCGUGUUUUCUCGGCCUCCCGCCACGUUUGCCGAGAUUCGAGAUCAUCUCUGAAAGCUUCAACGAUUACUUCGGUCAUGUGUACUAAAAAGUGGCUUGAGGAUGCCGAUUUGUAUUACGAGGCUAUUGCCAAGCCUCGUUAG